AUACACACGUGUCACCUUUAAAGUUCCAACGUGGAGUAGGGAAUCUUCGGAUCGGUAAACAAACAAACGCCUCAUUCACCCAAGAUUCCAAGAUGGCCGCCAGUUCGGCUGGAAACCACGGUGGAGUUUUCGGUCCAACUCGGUCGGUUCUGCUCUCAUUUUGCGCGGCUUUUUUCUUCGGUGGGUGUCUGACGUAUAUCGUCGUCCGUCGUUUCGACUCUGGGCAGAAUUUCGUGGAGUUGGACAGCCUGGGAAGGCGGAUAUUGGAGCUUAGCGAUCCGCACGGACACGUCGAAGUUGUCGACGACAGCAACCGUGUGUCACGGAACGAGUUGCUGACGUUCAAAGGCCACACGCACGCUAGGCAGUUCGGUCAAGAUGUCUUGGCUGAUAUUCUUUACAAACAAGUCCGAAUCUUGUGCUGGGUCCUCACCUCGCCCCAAAACCUCCAGAAAAAGACGAUCCACGUCCAGGCCACCUGGUCCCGCCGCUGCAACAAAGUCAUCUUCAUCAGCUCCCGAGACGAUCCCUCCUUCCCCACUGUCAAAGUCGAGGCCCCGGAGGGUCGAGAAUACCUCUGGCGAAAAACCCGGGGUGCCUUCAAGUACGUUUACGACCAUCACUUGGACGAGGCCGACUGGUUCCUCAAAGCAGACGACGAUACAUACGUUGUGCUAGAAAAUUUACGUUAUUUACUUGCAGACAAGGACCCAAACGAUCCCGUAUAUUACGGCCGCAAAUUCAAGCCCUACGUCAAACAGGGAUACAUGAGCGGUGGUGCUGGAUACGUACUCAGUAAAGCUGCGUUGGUACUGGCUGUUGAGAAAGCCUUCCCGAACGCUGCUCUUUGUCGCAGCGACGCAAAAGCAGCCGGAGCUGCAGAAGAUGUUGAAAUCGGCAAGUGCCUCUCCCGAGUCGGCGUAACGGCCGGUGAUUCGAGGGACAGUCUGGGGCGGGAACGAUUCCAUCCCUUUAUCCCCGAGCAUCAUUUGAUCAAAGGAAUUGUGCCCACCAAGUUCUGGUACUGGGAUUAUUGUUACUACCCUGCUCAAGCGCGCAACACAGAGUACGCCAAAUGUAGCAACAUGUGGGGGAGGUGUUCACGAAGACACGCCCCCCGUGGGGGACCCAUUCGGAAAGUCAUCAUUCAAUUUUGUGCCGCAUUUGUCGUGGGAAUCUGCGCCACACAUGUCUUAAUCAACCGGGAUUCAGAUCUUGCUGAAGUUGUGAGGCAGGUCGUCAGUAGUACAGAAGUAGUUGUGGAGUCGGAUAAUCACGAAGGUCAUGCUCAAGUCAACAGAGCCAAUGAGGUAGCGAAAGAAGAAUUGCUCUCGUUCAAGUCACACACUCAUGCAAGGGAACAUGGCCAGGAUUUGUUGGCAGAUGCACUCUACGAUCGAGUUCGCAUCUUGUGCUGGAUUCUAACGUCCCCCCAGAACCUCCAAAAGAAGGCCAUUCACGUCCAGGCCACCUGGUCCCGCCGAUGCAACAAAGUCAUCUUCAUCAGUUCUCAAGACGACCCCUCCUUCCCCACCGUCAACGUCAAGGCCCCCGAGGGCCGCGCGUUCCUCUGGCAGAAGACGCGCGGUGCCUUCCAGUACAUCUACGACCACCACUUGAACGAUGCCGACUGGUUCUUGAAAGCCGAUGACGACACGUACGUCGUUCUAGAAAAUCUUCGCUACAUUCUCGCCGACAAAAGUUCUGAGGAACCCGUCUACUUCGGCCGGAGAUUUAAAGCCUACGUCUCCCAAGGCUACAUGAGUGGCGGAGCUGGUUACGUCCUCAGUAAACUCGCUCUCAUACUAGUUGUGGAGCAAGGCUUCCCAAACUUAAAAUUCUGUAAAGGGGCCGGAAACGGAAGGGGUUAUGAUGCCCAAGAGGAUCUGGAAAUAGGCAGAUGCCUGGAAACGGUCGGCGUGGUUGCCGGGGACUCCAGAGAUAGUGUCGGAAAGGAGACGUUCCACCCGUUCCAGUUUAUAACUCACAUCUUACCGAAUCAAAUGAAAAAGUCGUUUUGGUUUUGGAAAUACGCAUACUACCCAGCACAGACGGGUCCAGAAUGCUGCUCGGAUUACUCCAUAUCUUUCCACUACAUCAGCCCCAACAACAUGUACCUCUUAGAGUACAUGAUCUACCACAUGCGGCCGUUCGGUGUGGGCCACUACACCUGCCCGGCCAACAUGGACGCCAUCAUCUCCAAGGUGCUGCCCGCAAACAGUCAACAGGAUCGACUCGGCAAAGCAGGGGAGGUUGCAGGGGAGGUCGGUCUGACGAACAAUGAGGUCGGAGGUCACGAUAAGGUCAUUGGAGGUCAGGUCAGGUCAGGGAUUCAGGAGGGAGACGCAGCGAAUCUGAUGAAUUAGUCAUGACAAUCACUCAUAUUUUUCAUGUUCUUAUUUUUACCUUGGUAUAAUGAAUGGCAAAAAUUUCACACUGAUAGCUAAGAAUUCACAUUUUAGGCAUCAACAAGUAAUAUUUGAUCAAACUAGCUAGAUCUAAAAGUUCUAUUUUUUCUGCAUUUAUUUUUAUUUUCACACUAUUUAUACAUGUACAAUACAUUCUUCUGCCCAACUAACUUGCCUGGACUCCUGGGGUUAGGAAGUGUGUUAUGUUUAUUGAACUGUAUUUGUCUGUUAAUGAAAUAUUACAUCGUUAAAAAAAAAAA